AUGAAGCAGUGUAUGAAAUUUUUCCCACUACUGGCCCUCGUAGUCAUAAGCUUAACCGGAACGGCUACCGUAAAGGCUGCGACGGGAUUGAACCCUCCGGUGAAGCUGGUUUGGCAUUAUUACAAAGUUACCAACACUUGUGAUGAUGCAGAGGCUUAUAUUAGACACCAAGUCGAAAAGUUUUAUAGGAAUGACACUAGCAUUGCUCCCAAGCUUCUUCGUCUUCUUUACUCGGAUUGUAUGGUUAACGGAUGUGAUGCUUCGGUUCUUUUGCAAGGACCAAACUCAGAGAGGACAGCUCCACAAAAUAGAGGACUUGGAGGUUUUGUGAUAAUCGAUAAAAUAAAACAAGUUCUUGAAUCACGUUGUCCUGGUGUUGUUUCUUGCGCUGAUAUACUCAAUCUUGCCACUAGAGAUGCUGUUCACAUGGCCGGAGCACCAUCUUAUCCUGUGUUCACGGGGAGAAGGGACGGUGGUGCACUAAGUGCAGACGCUGUGGAUCUACCGUCACCGUCUAUCUCAGUCGAGGAGUCACUGGCAUACUUCAAUUCCAAAGGUCUUGACGUUUUGGACAUGACUACUCUUCUAGGUUAA